AUGGAUCUUGGUUCUCCCACACCGCCGUUCCCCAUAACGCCACCCUCCCAACGAGCAACAGUUUGUAUUAAGUCCUUUCACCUUUUCUCAUUGCAUGUGUUUUAUACACUAAAAGUCUGUUUUUCAGAGGAUCAUUACCUCCACUUCAAGUUUACAGCACUUUCCAAAGCAGACACUCUUCCAGAGUUCAGUGCUGUAGCUAUUGCUGAUGACCGACAGAUCAAACAUUACAGUAAUGAAGAAAGAGACUGGAUCCUGACUGCAGAUGACUGGAUCAGUCCUCCUGAAGCACCACCAGAUUCUAGAGAUUGGUUCCUUCAUCAGUUAAACUCUUUGUCAAACUGCACAGACUUUCAGCGCUUUGAGCCCCAUGUUCUUCAGAGAGUAAUCGGUUGUGAACUACAGAAAUCUCAUGAAGGAACAGUGAGUCUGAGAGCAUUUGAUGAAUAUGGAUUUGAUGGAGAGGAUUUUAUGUCCUUUGAUUCUGACACUCAGCAGUGGAUUGAGAAAAACCCCAAAGCUACAGAAACCAAAAAAGAAUGGGAUCAGCAAACUGGACGAAACAAAUUCCUGAAGUAUUUCCUCAAAACCUGCACUGACUGGAUCUCCACAUUUAACAACUCAAAGAAGAGUAAACCAGACGUUCACACCACUUUGAGGAAAGCUUCUAAUGAUCAAAAUAAGCAGGUUUUGACCUGUCUGACCACUGGCUUUUACCCCAGAGAUAUUGAGAUGGACAUUAGGUUUAACAAAACUGUCCUUAAAGAUCAGAGAUCUUCUGGAGUGAGACCAAAUGAUGAUGGAUCCUUUCAGAUGAGGUCCAGUGUGAAGAUCAACGGAAGUAAUGAAGGGAUUUAUGACUGUUUUGUCAUUCACAGCAGUCUGACAAAACCAGUUUCAGUAGAACGGGUGGUAAAAUGCACUGAUUGGGAAGAAUCCAAAUGGCCUGGUAAAAAAGUAGUAGUAGUAGCAGUAGUAGUAGUAGUACUUCUAGUUGUACUUCUGAUUGUAUUGCAGUGCUACAAAAGGAGAAGGUCAGAUGGAAAUAACACUUUGAUGACAGAAAGAUAUCAUCAUCCUCAGACACAGGAGAAUGUACACAGCAAUGGCAUGUUACUGCAGUGAAAAUGCUGUUGACUACUGAAAGGAUUACAUUUAUUUUGAUUCACGAAUAGCUUUGUUUCAAAUUUCCAGUGUUCUGAUAAGUAUAGACUGAUAAUGUAGUCCACAAUAAUUUCAAUUCUUUUAUCCUACUGUACUGUAAAGUCCAGUCACCCAAUGAAGCUAUCCGGUGCUGCCCGAAGGUUUCCUGUGUGUUUACACUUUUUAGCGGCAGGAUUUAUUCAAUUUAAAUCCAAUUCUAAUCUGACUCCAUUUUAGUUUGACCUUGAAUUUAGGUUGAAAAUGCAAAUUGGUUGUUUGCCUGUCUCCAAUUAUUAUUACUAUUCUUCUGACAUUUGAUUAUUCUAAUUUAACUCUUUCCUUCAUAUUUUACUCGUUCAUUAGGAAUCUAUGUCGCUCAGUGUGCCCCGUCAUCACAGACUUGUCAGUCUAAACAGUAGCCAGAGCACAAGGUUGGGGGUUCGAUUCCCCGGGAACACAUAAUAUGUGAAAAUGUAUAGCCUGAAUGCACUGUAAGUCGCUUUGGAUAAAAGCAUCUGCUAAAUGCAUAAAUUUAAUUGUUAAUUUAAUGCAACUGAGUAUAACUUAACUAAAGUCAAGCGGUUAGUCAGAAAUCUAAAACCUCACCUGAUGUACCCUAUGCUCCAUCUAGCCUGAGUUUUAGUAUGCACUUAACCCUGGACGCAGAUUUGCGGAAACAUAGCCUUCACUUAAUCUUCUUGUAAAUCAGAGUAAACCAAAUGUAACAAUUUAUUAUCAGUCAGGUAAGGAUUAUGCCAAUUACAUAGCCAAUUCGUAAAUAUCAAAUUAAUCUCAAAGAUGAAUCUGAGAGUAAAAGGUGCAUACCUGACUUUAAGAAAAAUACACAGUAUGAAGUGUGUGGACACACUUCAUGCUAUGGGCUAAAUCUUGUUACAGAAGGCCCUGAUCCUUUUGCUGCAAUCGUUUAAAUACCUUAAAUACAUCCCCCGUGAUGGAGACAGGAACUAACAAUUGCAAUUUACAUUAAAAGUGGAAAGUAAGGACUUUAAAGAUAAUUUCCUGGCAUUUGAUUGUUAAUUUUGUGUUUGUAGACUGAUGUAAAAGCUGUCAUUUGUUGUCUUUUUUUUAAAGUAAGUUUGUUACUCCCACAUUUAUUAUUCCUUUUGUUUGUUUUAGCCUGGUCACAAUUGAAAGUUUGAUUGUUCCUUCGAUUGUACAAAUGCACAUCAAACUUUUGUGGAGCUUGACUGGCGCAGAAGUGAAGAGUGAAGGGCUUUUCUUUUCAUCCCCUGGGAUGUAACGAUUGGUAAAUGAAGCCAACAAUUUAUUGAUUUUCGCAAUAAUACAUUGGUAUUAAGUUGUUUGUAUAGUUUUAGUAAAAAAAAAAAAAAUGUAUAAUUUUAAUUUUUCUUUAAAUUAAAUUUAAGCAUAUUAUAUUGUCUUUUAUAUUUUUUUACCUGUUGCUUUCACUGUGGUUGAAACAAAAUAAAGUGAUAAUACAGAAUCCAACAAGUCCUUCCUUUACUUCUUGAAAUCGAACUACAUUACAGGUUUGAGUGAUUUUGAAAAAAAUAAAAAGCUUGUAACAGCG